UGCGCGCGGCGGCGGCGGCCGAGCGCCGGCCGGGGCGGAGCGGGACCCGGCGCACUGCCGGCCCGGGCCAUGACCCCCGCUGCUCUCUCCUGCAGGCCUGCCGAGGCGCCGCCAACAUGGGGCUGAAGCUGUCCUGCCUGAAAGGCCUUAAAAUGUGUGUCAGCAGCAGCAGCAGCCACGACGAGGCCCCCGUUCUGAGCGACAAGCACCUGGAUGUACCCAACAUCAUCAUUACUCCCCCUACCCCCACGGGCAUGAUGCUGCCAAGGGACUCCAGGCAGACAGUCUGGCUGGAUGAGACGGGGUCCUGCACAGAGGAUGGGGAAAUAGACCCCGAAGCCUGAGGAGGAGGCGGUGGACACGCAUCCAUCGGCACCAGCUCCUGCUCUGGCUGCCCCUGGCUCCACCUGCCCCGGGGCGCGGGGUCACCUGGGACAGAGCUGCUGAAUAGGCUGGAUGGGAAACAGAGCAGAUUCGGGCACCCGACCAGGAGAGAUGUGGCCGGAUGAGCAAGGAACCAGCCCGGCCCACCUCCAGAACGACGUCUUCCAGGCCCCACUGAGUGGACUGGUCCCUGACCUCCUCCGUGUUCUUGCCGACCCCAGGGCCAUGGUGACAGCCCGGCCAUCCGGGUGCCAGGGAGGGGCUUUCUCCUGGACAAACACACCCUCCCUGCACCCUGGGCCAACCAGACGGGUCAACACCCACGAGAACUUCUCGCAGAGGCGCAGCUCCAUUUUUUAUGAGUUGUUUUACAGAUAACAAAACAGUCCAGAAAGUGAUUUAUAAUUUUUUUGCAUUAUAAAUAAAGAUCUUCUGUAACAGACA